AUGGUUCUUGGGAUUCCUAUGGAAACAAUUGGUUUCACACUCAAUGUUACCCUGGCACUGCGAAGCAUGGCACCCUCAGUUUCUCACAUGGUUCUUGUAUUUCCUUGUUUCCCUGGUGCUGCGAAGCAUAAAAUGUGUGCAUUCACUCAUUAUUCUCUCCAAUCUCCCACCAUUAUGUCAGGGUGUGCUGUUGCUGCUGAUGGGCAUCUCAAGGAUGCAUCAGAAAUUGAAUUCUUCCAUGAUGUUGAUGACAAUGUACCUAUCCCUUCCUCUGCACCUGCCCCUCAUGCCUCAUCCUCUCGCAAUACCUUGGACACUUUUGUUCAAUUGUCCUGUUCUGGCCAUGCACCUGUUUCUGUGAUAGCUGGGGCCCAUUGCUCUGGCCAUACCAGCAAACCCUCAGAAAAAGUGCGGGAGUCCAUUCCUAUAGUUCCAGCCAAACAUAGCGGGUCCACCAUUGCAGGCCAUGCUCAAAAACAUGUUGAAUGUGUAGAUACAGCCCUGGCUGUUGAAGACAUCAAUGAAGAGCUGACUGAGUCACAUGACCCUGAUGACAACAAUGAUGGUGAUGGUGACAGCGAUUAUAACGGUGACGACCAUAAUGGUAAAGAUGAUGAAGAUAACAACAAAGCAUUCAAGAAGACGAAGACCUUUGGAGAUGCUGAUUGUGCUAUUUGUGCAGCUAUCAAGAAAGUUGAUCGUACAUCUGACAUCAGGACUGUAUUUACACAGGAAAAGGGACAUAUAAAUCCCCACACCAAGGCGGCCGAGGAUGGUUGGUGGUAUGAACUGUGUCGGUAA